UGUUGUUUUCUGCUACACUGCAUGCAGUUUAACUUUCUGCUACUUAUAUAUACACAUAACCUCUGUCAGUCACAUGUGUCCAGUUCAGAGAGUAGAUAGUACUGUACAAUUUAGUUAAUAUAUUAGUUAAUAUAUUAUUGCUUUUAAAUAAAGUAUUCUUAGACAACAUGAGAUUUUCAACAGAAUCUGUUGCUCGAUGCAGUGCUCGCAUUGGCAAGCUUUCCGAAAUCGAAAGUUUACCCAAUUUGUCAUUCGAAACACCUUUGUUGAUGAUUUACACGAGGAGGGGGUGCGUACCACAUUUGACCAAAAAUGUUUUUAAAAAAUUAACAAAAGAACAAGAAUUACUUGCGACAUCUUUGUCAUCAUCCAUUCGCAUAGCAGAUUUUUGUAAACCAUCACAGUCUUUUAGUGAUUUUGUGGGAAUGCAGGAAUAUCCAUUCUUUAUGAAUAUUCACGACCCAGCAGAAUUAUCAGAAUCUGGUCAUCAAGUCAAAGAUUCCAUUUCAGUUUGGUCGAGAAAUGGUAGAUCUAGUGUUAGUCCUGAACGCUACAUGCAAAUAAUUGAACAAUUAAAGCCAGAAAUGUACGUAACACUGUGUGAUGGAGAUACAGAUAAAGACAGCUCUGAAAAACGAAUAAUGAAAGGCUUUGAGAGAACCAAAAAACAAUUUGAACAAUGUAUAAAAAUCCAUACUCAAUCUAAAGUACUUCAAAAUAAGGGUGUAUUGGGAGCAAUUGAAGGAGGCUAUAACUUGAAAGCUAGAGAAAAGUGCAUCCAGUUCAUGGAAAACAAACCAUUGCUUGGAUAUGCAAUUGAUGGAUUACAUAAAAAUGGCCCUACAGUUCAGAAUAUAAGUACUAGUCAAAUUGAACCUGUGGUCAAACAUUGUGUCAAUUUGUUACCAAUAGAAAAAUUGAAAGCAAUGAUGGGAUGUUGGAAUCCAUCAGUAAUUUUAGAUUUAGUUAAUUUGGGAAUUGAUUUAUUCGAUUCUUCUUACCCUUACAUAAUGACUGAAAAUAAUAAAGCAUUGACAUUUUUGUGUGAUGAUUGUCAGGAAGGAAAUGUAAAAGAAUCAAUCAAUUUAGAAGAGAAAUGCUACGUAGAAGAUUUUAGUCCUAUAUGUAAAUCCUGCGAUUGUCUUACUUGUAAAAAUCACACCAAAGCAUACAUACAUCACUUAAUACAGACCAAAGAAUUGCUUUCUCAAGUACUUCUCAUGAUCCAUAACACUCAUCAUUACAUGGAAUUCUUCAAAAACAUUCGGCGACAUAUAAAAGAAGGAACAUUCCAAGAAUUCAAAACUAAAAUUCAGAGUCGAUGUCUGAAUAGUAUAAAAAACAAGGCAUAAUUAUCAUAAUUACCAAAAUAAAUGAAAAUAUUUUUUAUCAUACAUAAUUUUCUAAUGAAUGCAAUCCACCUUUCUCUCCAGUCUUUUUUUAUAUGUAUUUAUGUCUAUCAUGACUUAGAUAAUCAUCUAACUGUAAAACUAAAACUAAAUUAUUGUACUCUUUGACUUGUAAAAAAUAAAUCUUUCAAUUGCAUGACUGAAAA